CCAUUAUGUCUGAGGACUUGAACAUCCUGUCCUCAUCCAUCAACAGGGAUGGCAAAGAGCUGCAGGAGAUGACAGAUAAAGAACAACAAGGACAAUGUCCCAGAAUCGUCUCCCCCGUGUCUCCUGCUAGGCUUCACUGCUGCUAUGCAGUGAUCAUCGUCCUCACUGGAGCUGUGAUUGCACUUUCUGUGGCUCUGUCAUUGUCAGUUGUUCACACUGAACAUUAUAGCCUGGGACAAGCGUAUGAGGGAGUGCAUGGCGUCUCCUUCUUGUUGAUGGGCAUCUAG